AUGAAUCCUAAUUUAGACGAGACUGAAUCUUUUGGAAUUAUACGUAAAGAGGUUGAUUUGACUAACAAAGAAAAACAAUACCUGCUAGCGGUCGAAAGAGGUGACGUACCAACGACUAGACAAAUUGUAGAACAAUUUAAAGUGAAUAAUUUUAAUAUAAACUGUAUUGAUACACUUGGACGAACUGCGAUAUUAAUAGCUAUAGAAAAUGAAAAUAUAGAAAUGAUAGAGUUAUUGCUGAAUAACGGUAUUGAAAUAGGUGAUGCUUUAUUACAUGCUAUUAACGAAGAGAAUGUUGAAGCUGUUGAAAUGAUUUUACAUUAUGAAAUAUCUAACAAAGGAGAGGAGGUAAUAACAAUCUUAAUCCAGGUACCAUCAACAUCGUUUAGUGCUGAUAUAACACCAAUAAUACUUGCUGGUCAUCGUGAUAAUUAUGAAAUUAUCAAAUUAUUAUUAAGUUUGGGCUGUAGAAUUACUAAACCUCAUGAUAUACGCUGUAAUUGUAAACAAUGUGUAGCUGGAAAUGAUGACGAUAGUUUACGUCAUUCUAGAUCCAGAAUUAAUUCUUAUAAAGCAUUGGCUAGCCCUUCUUUAAUUUCUUUAUCGAGUAAAGAUCCCAUACUUACUGCAUUUGAACUAUGUGCUGAUUUACGUCGUUUAAGUAAAUUGGAAAAUGAAUUCAAAAUAGAUUAUGAGAAACUGAGUUUAAAGUGUCAAGAGUUUGCUGUUGACCUAUUAGAACAAACCCGAGGUUCAAGUGAACUACAUAUUAUACUGAAUCAUGAUACUAAUUCUACAGCAGACGAAAAUUACACAGAACGACAGAGAUUGGCAAGGUUAAAAGUGGCGAUCAAAUACAAACAAAAAAAGUUUGUGUCGCAUCCAAAUUGUCAACAGCUUCUUGCGUCAUUAUGGUAUGAAGGAUUGCCGGGCUUUAGACGCAAAAACGUUGUGGCUAAAAUAUGUAUAAUCCAAGCGAUUGGAUUUAUGUUCCCGAUUUUGUCAUUAUGUUAUCUUCUUAUACCAACCUGUUUUCUGGGUCAACUAAUAAGGAAACCAUUUAUCAAGUUUAUUAUCCACAGUGCUUCAUACAUAACAUUUCUAUGUAAGUUUAUUUUUAUUUAUAUCUUAAAUUAUCGUGAAAAUUUAUUAUUCCAUGAAAAGUAUGACAACAAUUUAAAGUCAAAAAUAUAUACCAGACAGAUUUAUGCUACAUUAAGGUCCAAUAUAAGGAAAAAUGAAACAUUUGGGAUUUUUAUACACAUUCUAGUGUAUAAUGAGGGGUCAUCCAUGACCCAUUGGGUUAACAACAAAGCACAAUCUUGA